GGCCAUUUUUAUGUUCUUGUGUUGACUCUUUCCUGAAGACAUGUGUGAAGACAACCAAACUGAAGUAGCUGAGUUUUUGCUUCUUGGAUUUCAAAAUCUCCAUACAUUUAAAAUUCUUCUCUUCAUUGUGUUUUUCUUCUCCUAUGUGGUGACAUUAAAUGGAAACCUCAUCAUCAUUGUUUUAAUUUCGAUUAGUGACAAUCUUAAAAUCCCAAUGUUCUACUUCCUCAAACACUUGGCAAUAGCUGACCUCAUGAUAACCACCACCAUAGUCCCAAUGAUGUUGGAAAUUAUACUAAAGGGUGGAAUUACAAUUCCUGUUACCGCCUGCAUUAUCCAGCUGCAUUUCUUCAUUAUUUUUGGAAUUGUGCAAUGUUUUUUUAUUGCAAUUAUGUCCUAUGAUCGAUAUUUGGCCAUAUGUAACCCAAUGCGUUAUCAUUCAAUCAUGGAACCUCAAAUUUGUUUUCAGAUGGUUGUUGGGUCUUGGUUGUUGGUUGUCUUUGGGUCCAGUGAAUUAGUUUUGGUGUAUCCGUUAAAUUUUUGUGGCGGGAAUACCAUUGACCACUUUUUCUGUGAUUCUUCUCCAGUGAUAGAGCUCUCUACAUCAGACACUUCCCUUUUUGAGUUAGUUGAUCUAUCUAUGGCCAUUUUAGUAAUUUUAGUUCCUUUGGCCUUUAUUAUUGUGACCUAUGUAUUAAUCUCCUUUGCUAUAUUACAACUUUCUUCAACCAGCGGAAGAAGGAAAGCCUUUUCCACAUGUAGUUCGCACCUGUUCACUGUGUGCACAUAUUAUGGGAGCUUGUUGGCCAUUUAUUUGACACCAACUGAUAAAAGAUCACCUAAUACAAACAAAUUUAUGUCUCUUUUCUACAUUGUGACAACUCCACUGUUGAAUCCUAUUAUCUACAGCCUGAGGAACCACGAGAUCAGAAAAAGCCUUAAAGACAUUUUUAUAUAUGUUAAAACACUUUAUUUACACUGAAACUAGUGGAAUGGAACAAGGACUUCAUUGUCCUUGUUAGGUGUUUAGUUUUAGAAUCUUUGACUUGAUCUUUUCUCCAUUUUUAUUUAGACAUCCGAAGAAGUUAAUUUUAGGCUGUAUUACCAAGCAGCCGUAGUUCUUUUUAUUUUUUUCAGUUUUAAAGAUUUUGAUAUAUUUUUUUAAAUGUGUAAUAAGAAUAGUACAUUUACAGAGUGAUUCAAUAAUGUCACAUGAGAACAUAUAUUGGACUUUUAAAUGCAAAAGAGGUACAUUACAAGUAUCUAAUUUACUUUAGUUCAUUCAAACUGAGAACUCUUAAUGUAGUUAAUCAUUAAUAUUAAUAUAUAUUCCCUGUUUACUCCGAAAGGGAACACACUGUAAACAAAGGAAGGUUGCUUAAGAUAAUAGAAAGGAGGAAAAUAAAGAGCGGAUGAAAGUUACCUUAUGAAUUACAAAACCUUGGAUGAAUUUGUGCUGCAAAAAACAAGUUUUGUAGAUUUUAGUAUCUUUUAGAUAAUAUGAAGCUCUGGGAUGUGAGAUCCAUGCUUGCCAAACUUUUGUAGAUUUAGAUAUGGAGCACAAAAAAAUGUGCUGAAAAACUCGGCUUAUACUCAAGUAUAUACGGUAAGUGUUAGCGGUGGUGAAAGAAAAUAGAUCAUUACCUCUAGAUAUUUCACAUUCAAUAUUCAACCACAAUUUAUCAUUAGAAUGAACAAACUAAUGUUUCAUUUGAUCUAAUAAUGAAGCAUAAUAAUAGAGAUUGACAUCAGAGAGAUUCAUACCCCUUUAGAUCUCACCAUAGUCAUAAUUGAUAUUGCAACCCUGUUUUUUUUUCCCUUUGUGGAUCAAGUUGUUUUGUUUCGAAUUGACUUGUGUAAAAAAAAUUGAAGAUACUGUGAUCGGAAGGGACAGAAAGUAAUAAAACAUCUUAGGUAAUGUUUGCAUCUUAAAUGCUGCUAUUCUUCCAAUCCAGGAUAGAUGAUUUUUUUGGAUGGAUUAGAGGUCUUGGUUGAUUUGCUCUAUGAGGUUAGGGUAGUUGACCUCAUACAGUUUAGUUGCGGGGUAGGUAAGUCAGAUCCCCAAAUAAGAAAUAGAUGGAUUAUCCUAGUUGUACAUAUAUUUUUGUUGCAAGUCGUCAACUUGAUCCGGUGAAUAUUCAUUGGUAAGGUAUAGAAUUUAUUGGGGUUUAUUUUAUAAUAGAAAACUACUCCAAAGGCCUCUAGGGUAUUACUAACUUCACUCAGGGAGGUAUCAGGG